CCGACUUGUGCUCUUCUUCUCGAAGCGAUUUCAGAGGGUGGGGGGGAAAAAAAAAAAAAAUUCAGAGGAUUUACUCUUCGAAGACGACUCUCGGACGGCCACUCUCCUGUGUUGACAAGGUGGAGAAAUGUGCACUCACCGAGGACGAGGAGCCCGGAAUUAAGCACAGGAGAGAAAAGAUGCCAAAGAUGAGACAAUAAAGAAGAGCUAGUUUUGGGGCCUGUGCAAACUUCCCGUGGCAGCAGUUGGAUGUGCACGUCGACCCGGCCACGAUGACAAUGAAAGGCCUGUCCAGUAGCCGUAGUCACCACCACACGGUGACCUGCGACCCCUCUUACGACUCCAUGACCCUGGGGAACGCGGAUCGUCGGUCCUACUUCCUCAACCCCGGGGAGGGUCAUUCUACUGACCACCCCUGCUACACACAGCGCAGCUCCUUUCAGUCUGAGUGCAGUGCCUACCCUGAUCUGGCCAGCUGCACCUUCCCUCGCAGACAUUACAGCUCUCACCAUGAGCUGAAGACGGAGUGUGGUGCUGUGGUGCCUUAUACGGGGCCGACAGGGAGCAGUAAGGGAGGUGGAGGAGGUGGUGGCAACAACAACAGAAUCCCUUCUAACCUGCUGGAGCAGUUCGACCACCAGGCGCCUGUACGGCGUGAAGGCUACCACACCUUGCAGUACAAGCGCACUGCAGUAGAACACCAGCGUAGCGACAGCCCUGGCCGGAUCCGCCACCUCGUUCACUCUGUCCAGAAGCUUUUCACCAAGUCCCACUCCCUGGAGGGGCCCUCAGGGUCUAGUGGAGGAGGGAGCGGGAGGAUGAACGGCAGCAAAUCCAGCCCUGAUGACCCCCCCUCCUCCUCCGGCACCCUGAAGCACAGUAAGCGCAGUAAGAGCAAAGACCGCUCUAAGUCAGAGCCUAAGAUGCGCACUGCCAUCUCAGGCUACUGGAGCUCAGACGACACGCUCGACCGGGAGAUGUGCCUCUACCAUCAUCACCAUGGGGGCAGCAGUGGAGGCCUGCCUUCUGGGGUCAUGACCAUGGGGCGCCAUCCGGACAAAUCCCAGUCGCAGUACUUCAUGGAGUCUUACAAUACCAUCAGCGCCCACUCGCUCAAGACGUCACGCAGCAACAACGACGUGAAGUGCUCGACGUGCUCUGGGGGCAGCAGCGGGGCCAUGCCGCUGGUAGGCCCCCUGGACAGCCAAGUGCAGCUGAAGAAGAGCUCGUGGUCUUCGACUCUGACGGUGAGCCGAGCGAGAGAAGUCUACCAGAAGGCCUCAGUCAACCUAGAUAAAGCUCUAGUGAAAGCCGAGCAGGGUCGCACCUGCCACUUCCUACAGGUGCCUCAGGAUGACUGGAGCGGGUUCUCUCCGCUGGGAAAGGAUGACGAGAUUCCUUGCCGGAGGAUGCGCAGCGGCAGCUACAUCAAAGCCAUGGCAGAAGACGACAGCGGAGACUCGGACUGCAGCCCCAAACCCUCGCCCAAGGUCCAGGCUCGACGAGCCAGCUACCUGAAGGCCACACAGCCAUCCCUCACAGAGAUGACCACACUCAAGAUUUCCACGGAGCACUCGCCCAAGCUACAGAUCCGGAGUCACAGCUAUCUGCGGGCGGUGAGUGAGGUUUCCAUCAAUAGGAGUCUGGACAGCUUGGACCCGGCAGGGCUUCUGGCCUCGCCUAAAUUCCGCUCGCGAAACGAAAGCUACAUGAGAGCCAUGAGCACCAUCAGCCAGGUGAGCGAGGUGGAGGUGAACGGGCAGAUCGAGGCGGUGUGUGAGUCAGUGUUCAGCGAGAUGGAGUCGCAGGCGGUGGAUGCCCUGGACCUGCCCAUGCCCGGCUGCUUCCGCAUGCGGAGCCACAGCUACGUGCGUGCCAUCGAGAAAGGCUGCUCGCAGGAAGAGGAGGAGGGAGGGGUCGCGGUGGGCAACAGGAGGACCAAUUCACCCCCGCGCAACACCACCACUGUCAGAACCAUCCAGAGCAGCACAGUGUCAUCAUGCAUCACUACCUACAAGAAGACACCUCCCCCCGUCCCACCACGGACCACCCCAUCCAAACCCUUCAUAUCCAUCACGGCCCAGAGCAGCACCGAGUCCGCCCAGGAUGCCUACAUGGACGGCGGCUCCGGCCCGCGGACUGGCAUCAGCUCCCAGCCGGGCCUGUCCAACUCCACAGAGAGCAUCGACAGCAUGAAGGCCCUGACGGCGGCCAUAGAGGCGGCUAACGCUCAGGUGCACGGCCCCGCCAGCCAGCAUGUCACCAACAGCACCAUCACCAUCACUGCCACCGCCACCACCUCUGCCAUCGCGCACGUCUCCGCGGACAGCAAAGCGCAGAGGGAAGCGCUCCGCAAGUGCCUCUCCAUAGGGAUCCAGGUGGACCCAGAGGAAGGAGGGCCGACAGAGGAGCAGUCCAAAUUCCAGUCGAUAGGAAUUCAGGUGGAGGAUGAGCGAUGUUACCGCAGGAUGACCCGCUCCAACAGCGUCACCACGGCCGUGCAGGCUGACCUCGACGGCCCCGCCGACGCCCCAGAGCUUCGGCCGCGUCACUUCGCCACCAUGCCACGCCAGUACUCCCGCGACGCUGCCACUUCUACGGUCAGCAUCCAGGGCUCGGGGAACCACUACCACGCUUGUGCCGCCGACGACUACGGGGAGGUGGGCUUCGACCCUUCCAUCCUGCCCCCUCCAGACCCCUGGAUGGACAGCGUGCCUGAGCCAGAGGUGGCGGAUCAGGAGGCUGUCGGACGGUCUGUGUGUCCCCGCGACGGCCGCUGGUUCCUCAAGUUGCUGCAGGCCGAGACGGAGCGCAUGGAGGGCUGGUGCCGACAGAUGGAGCAAGAUGAGAUGGAGAACGAGCUGCCCGACGAGAUCCUGGGGAAGAUCCGCAGUGCAGUGGGGAGUGCCCAGCUGCUGAUGUCCCAGAAGUUCCAGCAGUUCCGGGAGCUGUGUGAGGAGAAUCUGAACCCGAAUGCACACCCACGGCCCAUCUCCCAGGACCUGGCAGGUUUCUGGGACAUGCUCCAGCUGUCUAUCGAGAACAUUAGCCUGAAGUUUGAUGAACUCCACCAGCUCAAAGCCAACAACUGGAAACCUCUGACCCCACCAGAAAUCCAGGAGAGAAGGAUGCCCCCUCCUGUGCCAAAGAAGCCCCUGAAGGGCCACCCUCCCCUGGCUAGGGAUCGCUCGCUGGAGAGCUCUGAGCGCCAGCGUCUGGAGGCUCGCAAGCGCCUGCUAGCUGCCAAACGUGCCGCGUCGGUUCGGCAGAGCUCUGCUACCGAGAGCGCAGACAGUAUUGAGAUCUAUAUCCCCGAGGCUCAGACCAGACUAUGAGACACAUGUACCUACAACACAUGCCCAAAACACUGUCCCAUCAACACAAUAGCACUGUAUGGUAAGCCUUGGGUGCUAACAUGACAUAAUCACAUUUUUUCGCGCGACUUCCCAGGUCACUGUGGGGGUCAGUCACGAUGGAAGUUGUUUGAACAAGAAAUGUACAUUUGCAGUAUUUAUUUAUUUAUUUAUGUACCCACCCCUCCCCUCAUUCCGCUCUCCCUCCCAGCUUUGAUGUAGCAGUCCCUCCUCUCCCUGUAACUCCAGCCGCCCCUCACUCUCAAAGACAUUUAAAAAAAAACUUUCUUUUUAAAGUGGCCUAAUAUUACAAAGUAAGCCAGGUGUAGCACAGCAGUGAAGUUUCACGUCGAUGUGUUUCAGGUGCUGAGAAGCAGAGGAGAACAGGGAGGGAGCAUGCAUGUCAAUGUGGCGUAUGUGUAUGUAUAUACAUGUGUAUAUACAUGUAAACACACACGAGUGAUGUAUUUUAUAUGAUCAGAGGAGAGAGACCAGACCUAUUGACUCACUUUCAGUGUUAUUUUUAUAUUGAUAUUAAAUCACACGAUAUGAUUCUUGAGCUAGGGAGUUCUUGAUUCAUAUAAUGAGUUUAAACAUUACAAAAUAAUGGUGAAAGGACCAGACAAGGAAACCAUAGUGUCAGCCACUGACACAAUUAGCCCUCUGUCUGAAAAAGGUUUCUCUCUCCAGCAGCAGGAGGCCGGCCCUGUAGGAAAAAGGUCAAGAGGUCUGAUUUUUGCUCCCCCAGGUGAGACAGGAGCAGAUCCUAAAGUUCUCCAGAGAGCGCAAGUCACUGAAAGAAUCACUGUUUUGAAAAAAAUGCCACAAACCUAAUCUGUGUGCGUGAGAGUAAGAAAGAGUGUGUGCGUAUGUGUGUGUUACGAUUCAGAUGUUCAUUUCAAAAGUGCUUCCUAUUUUUCUAGGUCUAAAGGGUCCUAGCUGUAAUUAAAGUUAAAAAGGUAGCAGUAUCAGCAAACUGUAAACCAACCGCCCAUCGCGUCUCAUUUUAAUAACUGAGCAAACCAUGUUUGUACAAAGAACAUCCAGUAUAACGACAUGACGUGCAUGCCGACACUAAGCUAACUGAUAUUUUUGUCUUUUUCUAAAAACGAUUUAAUCCUUUUUCUCACGUUCUGUUCGAACUCUUCGGUGUUAACAGACGACGCUAAGAAUACUGAUAUUUGGUACAAUACAGGUAGUUGUACUCUAUUUUAUUAUGUCAUUUUUAGACAAGAGAGGUUUAUUGACAGUACUGAGACUAAACGGACUGAUAAAGGGACUAUUUUCUCCUCACUGUGUGUGCACUAUCUCUGCCUCCAAAUGAAGCAAUUAUUUGAAGGUCAUACACGAAGAAAAACCCGAUUUGUAAUAUUUUGUAUUCAUGUUUAAUUUAUUGAUUAGGAGAACAAUGACUGUUUCUUGACAUUGUGAUUAUUAUUAUGCACUGACAACAAAGGCCCUUAUACUGUGUUUUAUGUUUUUAUUUAUGUUUUGCAUGACAGGCACCUUUUUUUUUUCUUUUCUUUUUCUUUUGUCUUCUUUCUGUUUCAGUGAUCAGCCUUAAUUUCUAAUAUGAUAGUUGAGCACAACAGCAGUCUCAGGGGAAGAAGUGUGUGUGCGUGUGUGUGUGUGAGAGAGAGAGUGACUGUAUGUGACCCAUGGCUUUGUCUCUUACUGUAUAUAACCCCAGCCACAAGGAUAGGCCAUGAUGUUCAAACAAAGGAAUAGUGUCCAUGCCAUCUUUUUUGAACGAAUAUUCCUGUUAAAAACAUCUCAGCCCUGAUUACUUCAAUAUUAACAAGGUAUUUCUGUCAGCUGCUUGAAUGUGGAGACAAUCCUGAGCCGGUUUUAGCUUAAAUUGUUUUGUUAACAGAAAUAGCAGGACCGAUUCUCCGUAUUGAUCUGACAACAAGUUUUGUGCCAUUGAAUAACUACAGUCCAGGACAUGUUCCUGCUAUUUGUCCCAUUUCGAACGGCUACCUGAAGUUUGUGAAGAAAGUAACCGUACAGUAUGAUUUUGUAUUUUUCUUUUAGUCGGUCAAAAAUGACGUUUAGAGAGGAUACAUAAAAAGUGAAAAGUAGUUCAAACUUAACGCCAUUUUAUGUAGAUGAACCUCAUUUUAGUAUUUUUUACUUUGGAAACUUGUAUUUGAAUCGAACCGUCUGUCAAAUGAUUGACUUCUUAUUUAUGUUCAUUAUAUUAACAUAUCAAUAUAACGCUCCUGAUAUAGCGGGGAGCCAGAAACCAUAAUGUUGGGUUGUGGUUAAUUGCUAAACUGAAAAAGACACUCCAGCAAAACCCUGGGCAAUUCUGAAGCUUGUGAUGUAGUUAUAUUAAGAGAAGAACAUUCAGAUAAACGUUUGUACAUACAUGAAUGUUUCCCUAAAUGUAAAUGUAAAAUAAAAUAAAACCCAAUCAAAUAACAUAUUAAGCAGAUAUACAUUUUGUAAUUAAUGUUACUACACUGUUGAUGUUAUGGCACGUGUAUGAGCUCUUAUUAGCAUUAAAAAUAUAUAUAUAUAUCAUUGCCAUAAUUUUGUUGUGUUUUUUUCUUUUCUCUGUCUCCACAUGUGUUUUCAAUUGGAAUAUAAUUAAACAGAUUACAAGGCCA